GUCUUCAUCGCAAUCUUGCGGAAGAGCGUGCGCAACCUGCAGGCGUGCACGGACGUCGGCCUGAUCGAGCACGUGCUGCACAGGCUGAGCCGCGCGGACACGGUGGUCGCGGAUCUCCUGAUUGAAAUGUUGGGCGUACUGGCCAGUUACAGUAUUACUGUUAAAGAACUGAAGCUGCUGUUUGGUGCAAUGAAGGCUGUGAACGGAAAAUGGCCAAGGCAUUCACCAAAACUCCUAAAUGUUCUGCGUCAGAUGCCUCAAAGGAAUGGGCCAGAUGUGUUCUUCAGUUUCCCUGGCCGAAAAGGCUCUGCCAUCGUUUUGCCUCCCCUUGCAAGGUGGCCGUAUGAAAAUGGUUUUACUUUCACAACCUGGUUCCGUUUAGAUCCCAUUAACUCUGUAAAUAUUGAGAGGGAAAAGCCAUAUUUGUACUGUUUCAAAACAAGCAAGGGAGUUGGAUACUCGGCACAUUUUGUUGGAAACUGUUUAGUGCUGACGUCUAUGAAGGUGAAAGGGAAAGGUUUCCAGCACUGUGUAAAAUAUGAGUUUCAACCUAGAAAGUGGUAUAUGAUUGCUAUUGUGUAUAUAUACAAUAGAUGGACAAAAAGUGAAAUAAAAUGCCUUGUUAAUGGACAGUUAGCUUCCAGUACAGAGAUGGCGUGGUUUGUUUCAACAAAUGAUCCAUUUGACAAGUGUUAUAUUGGUGCUACUCCAGAACUGGAUGAAGAAAGAGUCUUUUGUGGCCAGAUGUCAGCAAUUUAUCUGUUUAGUGAAGCAUUAACGACACAUCAGAUAUGUGCUAUGCACAGACUUGGCCCUGGCUACAAAUGUCAGUUUCGGUUUGACAAUGAGUGCAACCUGAGCCUGCCCGACAAUCACAAACGGGUGAGUGAGCCGGCCGCUGCAGCCCCCGCCCCCGCCCCCUCACGCAUGCUGGACAACCACGCCUUGCUCUCUGUGUUGUAUGAUGGGAAACUGUCAAGUGCCAUUGUGUUCAUGUACAAUCCUGUAGCAACAGACAGCCAAUUGUGUUUGCAGUCUGCCCCAAAAGGCAAUAUUUCGUAUUUUGUACAUACUCCUCAUGCGCUUAUGCUACAGGAUGUCAAAGCAGUCAUUACUCAUUCCAUCCACAGUACUCUUAAUUCUAUAGGGGGAAUUCAAGUCCUGUUUCCACUAUUUUCACAACUUGAUAUGCCUUAUGACUGUGGUGUUGGAGCAACAGAUACCAAGAAAGACUCUUCACUAUGUUCAAAACUUCUUGGGUUUAUUUGUGAGCUUGUUGAGAGCUCUCAAACCGUUCAGCAGCAUAUGAUACAGAAUAGGGGUUUCCUUGUGAUCAGUUACAUGCUUCAGAGAUCAUCAAGAGACCAUUUAACACUGGAAGUGCUCAGUUCAUUUCUUGGACUGACAAAAUACCUUGUGACAUGCCUGAGCUCAAAUAGUGAACUGCUUCUGAAACAGCUGCUGGACCAUGUGCUGUUCAACCCUGCAUUAUGGAUCUACACCCCUGCACCAGUACAAACUCGGCUCUACUCCUACUUAGCAACAGAGUUCCUUGCCGAUACCCAGAUCUACUCCAAUGUGCGCCGUGUUUCAACAGUCCUACAGACGGUGCACACACUGAAGUACUAUUAUUGGGUAACAAACCCUCGUGCCAAAAGUGGAAUAACACCUAAAGGACUAGAUGGACCGAGACCACCACAGAAAGAUAUACUGGCAAUACGUGCAUACAUUCUCUUAUUUCUAAAACAGCUGAUUAUGAUUGGAAAUGGAGUAAAGGACGAUGAACUACAAAGUAUUCUAAAUUACCUCACAACAAUGCAUGAAGAUGAGAAUUUACAUGAUGUACUGCAGAUGCUUAUAUCAUUGAUCUCUGAACAUCCAGCUUCAAUGGUUCCUGCAUUUGAUGUGAAGCAAGGAGUACGCACUAUCUUCAAGUUACUUGCCGCUGAGAGUCAAUUGAUCAGGCUCCAGGCACUGAAGCUCCUGGGUUUCUUUCUGAGCCGCAGCACACACAAGAGGAAAUAUGAUGUCAUGAGCCCUCAUAAUCUUUACACGUUGCUUGCUGAGAGACUGCUGCUAAAUGAAGAAACUCUGACUCUGCCAACAUAUAACGUACUAUAUGAGAUAAUGACAGAGCACAUCAGUCAACAGAUACUGUAUACAAGACAUCCAGAACCUGAGUCACACUUUAGACUGGAAAAUCCAAUGAUCUUGAAGGUUGUUGCCACAUUAAUCCGCCAGUCUAAACAGACAGAACAACUUUUGGAUGUUAAGAAGCUGUUUCUAUCAGAUAUGACCUUGCUUUGUAAUAACAAUAGAGAAAACAGGAGAACAGUCCUUCAGAUGUCAGUGUGGCAGGAAUGGCUAAUAGCAAUGGCAUACAUCCAUCCAAAAAAUACAGAAGAGCAAAAGAUUUCAGACAUGGUGUACUCUUUGUUUCGAAUGCUACUUCAUCAUGCCAUUAAGCACGAAUAUGGAGGAUGGAGAGUCUGGGUUGAUACUCUCGCAAUUGUUCAUUCAAAAGUCUCAUAUGAAGAGUUUAAGCUGCAGUUUGCUCAAAUGUAUGAACAUUAUGAAAGGCAGAGAUCAGACAACAUCACAGAUCCAGCUGUGCGCCAGCAGAGACCUAUUAGCACAAUCUCUGGCUGGGACCAGCAGCAUCACAUUGUUAAUGGCUACCACCACAGUCACCCGACAGUCUCCAGUUGGCAGUCCUCAGCGGACAAUAAGGACAUGCCUCCUGUGUGCAGCUGUGGUCUGGGAUCACCAGAGCACGAGGAUACUGCCAAGUGUGGCAGUGAAGAUGAUAAGCAGCCAAGUGACAUGCUUUCCAUAGGUUCAAGUACAUGCAAUCUCUAUAGUGAUGUAUGCAAAGCGGAAUCGUCAUCACUCAACAUUGAUGACAACCACAACUCUGAUACAGAUAGACCAAAGUUUGAAGCUGGUGACAGACUAGAAGAAAGUUCUCCAACACCACAAAUGGAAGGCUCAUCCCAACCCACUGUAACAACAGAGGCUAGCUCAGAAGAAGCCCUUGUGUCUCCGGUUUCUGGUACAGACGGUGCAAGUGUAGACUUAGAUGUGUACAAGGGUGACGAAGAGACCUCAAUAGAAGGAAUCAGUGGCAGUUGUGAGGAUAGUGGUGUUGUUGAAGGUUCUUAUAGUGAGGGUGCUGCUAAAGAUGUUUCAGAUGCGUGUGAGACAGCUCGUGAUGAAAAUGAGAAGGUUUUACUUUCUGAAAGCAGAGAAGAAAGUACUGAAAGCAGUGUAACAGAGAAUGUGGUGAGUGGUGUAGAUGUAGUAGAAAGUGUUAGUAAAGAUAUUGCUCAAAAACCUGAGGGAGAAAGUACUGCACAAGUGUUUGAAUUAGAUUCUUCCCAUCUUAGUUCAUUAGAGGCAGAUACUAGUUUUGAUGAAUUAGUGCAAACUAAAAAUGAAAUCCUCAAGAAAGAGUCAGAUGUUUUAGAGUUUGUUAGCAGGGAGAUGACAGUACAAGUUGAAAGGGAAGUUAUUGACAGUGACACAUCGGAAGCGUACUUGACACCGACUGACACUACUGAUGUGACCAGUGAGAAGAAAGAUAAUGAAGUUGAAGAAUCAGAAGAGCGACUUCAAGAGCCUAAAGAUAAGAAUGUGGAUUUGGAAGCAAAAAGUGACGUAGAGGGAAGAGUUGUGACAGAUGAAAGUGUUCUAGUAGUUGUUGAUAAAGAUAGUGUAGAUUUUUCUCCUCUGCAUGAGGAAGACAGGUAUCAGGAUGAUGUUUCUUGUGCUGCAGACAGUGAGAGAGACCAAGAAAAUAGUGCUGUCAGUAGCGUAGGAGCCAUUGUGAUUCCUAGUGUAGAAUCUGAAUCAUGCACUCACAGUGAAAGUGAAGAACAGGUGCUCAGUGAAAGUGAAAGAACAGAUUUCUUAAAAUCUGAAGUGACGGACUUUCCAGCUAGUGACUUAAGCUGUCAAAAAGCUGAGGUAGAUGAUGUAAAAGUGACUGCUGCCUCUGAGAGCUUAAAUAAUAAUUGUGAUAUGUUAUCUCAGAAUUCUUCUCAGGUGCCAAAUAUUGUUGAAAGUGAGUCUAAUGAGAAUGGUGACGAAAAUAAGGCCUUUAGAACUGUAGAUUGUGAGGUAAGUGAUAGGACUACUAUUACAGUGGAAAGUGAAAUAGUGCCUCCGCAAUCGAGCGAAGAAACUUCUGUAAAUAAUACCUCAGAUGUACCUGCAUCCACUGCUGAAACGAAAGACAGUACGGCUCUUGAACAGGUUGGAGACACUGUGUGCACUACUGCAAUCCCUACUUAUCAAGCAUCACCUCAAAAGCGGCCACACAGCUCUUCGACUUCGACACAAGUGGAUCCAGUUCACUUUGAAACAAAACGAACGAAACCAUCACCAGUGCCUCAAAAUUCCUCUCGCCCCAUGUUUAGUCCUGGGCCAACGAGACCACCUUUUAGAAUACCAGAAUUCAAGUGGUCUUAUAUCCAUCAGCGUUUGCUAUCUGAUGUCCUUUUUUCUCUAGAGACUGAUAUUCAGGUUUGGAGAAGCCAUUCAACGAAGUCUGUACUAGAUUUUGUAAACAGCAGUGAAAAUGCUAUUUUUGUUGUAAAUACUGUGCACCUGAUUUCACAAUUAGCAGACAACCUCAUUAUUGCCUGUGGUGGCCUUUUACCUUUGUUGGCAUCUGCAACAUCACCUAAUUGCGAGCUUGAUGUAAUCGAACCUACUCAGGGGAUGCCUAUUGAAGUCGCUGUUUCAUUCCUGCAGCGGCUUGUCAACAUGGCAGAUGUUCUUAUUUUUGCCAGUUCACUCAAUUUUGGUGAACUAGAGGCUGAGAAAAAUAUGUCAAGUGGUGGAAUUCUUAGACAAUGCUUGAGACUAGUAUGUACCUGUGCUGUGCGAAACUGUCUGGAAUGUAAAGAACGCUCGAGACAGUUUCCAACACCCACUCCAACAACUGUCAACAACAACAACAAAGCAGCUCAUCUUCAGUCACUCAUUAGAGGGGUUCAGGCGUCACCCAAGAAUAUAGUUGAAAAUCUUGCUAGCCAGUCGAGCCCAGUAAAAGACCCAGAGAAACUCUUGCAAGACAUGGAUGUAAAUAGACUACGAGCAGUAAUUUAUAGAGAUGUGGAGGAGACCAAACAAGCACAGUUCCUGUCACUGGCCAUAGUGUACUUCAUUUCGGUGUUGAUGGUGUCCAAGUAUCGUGACAUACUGGAGCCGCCAGUCGCGCCACGGCCUCCCAGCCCGGGGCCAGGUCCAGUGCUGCGGAACGAUGGUGGUUCCCACCACAGCAGCAGUCCUCCAGCUCACCCUCGUGAAAUAUGCCAACAACUUUCUCAUGACGAUGGUGAAUAUGAAGUAAUAGUCGUAGAUGAAAAUAACUCAUCUGUCCUGGCUGACCACGACACUCAUUCGAGUGGACCACCAUCUCUUAAGGGUAACACCCGCUCGAGAACAUCAUCACACGCUUCCUCCCUUAACCAUCCUUAUGAUGUAGAGCCAGCAGAUGGUAUUCAGAGGUACACCAGAGCUCCUACAACCAACAUGCUUGCUAACAAGAGUGGAGACUCUGCAGAAGACAGUAGUUCACUUCAGCUAAACACAACAGAGCAUAUGCAAAAUGCAGAACACAGUGAUGUAAAUGCAAUAACAGAAGAUGAGAGGUCUACACCGAUUGUCAAUGAUGAUAGCUGGACUGAUGUCAACUUAAAUGAAGAGGGUCCUGAGAUAGCAUUGUCAUCUGAUUCAAUGCAUAACAACUUGCAUGAUGGACAUGAUAACAGUCGUGGUGAAAAGCCUCGUGCAGAAAUAUCUGUUGUACGUGUUCCGGAUGGUAUGUGCCCUACUCCUGCACAGAUGAGGCCAGAUGAACUGCCCAUAAAACCUAUGGUUGAACACUUGGCUGUGCCUACGCCAUCUCGAGAGGCUUCACUCACACAGAAGCUAGAAAUGGCUCUGGGCUCUGUCUGUCCAUUACUGCGGGAAAUAAUGGUUGACUUUGCUCCUUUCCUCUCUAAAACCCUGGUCGGAUCACAUGGGCAGGAACUUCUAAUGGAAGGCAAAGGUUUAACAACUUUCAAAAAUAGCAAUUCUGUUGUUGAACUAGUUAUGCUCUUGUGUUCACAAGAAUGGCAGAACUCUCUGCAGAAACAUGCAGGCCUUGCAUUUAUUGAAUUGAUCAACGAGGGGCGAUUGUUAUCUCAUGCAAUGAAGGACCACAUUGUACGAGUGGCAAAUGAAGCAGAAUUUAUUUUAAACAGAAUGCGAGCUGAUGAUGUUCUGAAGCAUGCUGACUUUGAGUCACAAUGUGCACAGACACUUCUUGACCGCCGAGAGGAAGAGAGAAUGUGUGACCAUUUAAUCACAGCUGCCCGCCGUAGGGACAAUGUUAUAGCAAGUAGACUUUUGGAAAAAGUUCGCAACAUUAUGUCCAACAAGCAUGGAGCAUGGGGAUACAUGGACCCACAAGCAGCAAAAAUGAAUGAAUUCUGGAAACUGGAUGCCUGGGAGGAUGAUGCUAGACGCAGAAAGAGAUUUGUCCAUAAUCCGCUGGGUUCAAGCCAUCCAGAGGCAACUCUUAAGGCUGCACUUGAACAUGGGGCUCCAGAAGAUGCAAUCCUGCAGGCAAGAGAAGAGUUCCAUGCACAGCUCGCAGCAUCCCGUGCACAACAGCAGCAAUUGCAGUCUAAUGAUCUGAUGGAUGACAGUGAACUGCUAGCUGAUGACCGUGAUCUUGAUGUUGAUCUCACUGGUCCUGUGAACAUCAGUACGAAAGCAAAGCUGGUAGCACCAGGCAUUGUAGCACCUGGCAUGGUAUCUAUUACAUCAACAGAGCUGUACUUUGAAGUAGACGAGGAUGAUCCUGAGUACCGGAAGAUUGAUUCUGAGGUGCUCAAGUACUGCGACCACCUCCAUGGCAAGUGGUACUUCUCGGAGGUGCGAGCCAUCUUCUCGCGCCGAUACCUGCUGCAGAAUGUCGCCAUCGAAAUCUUCCUCGCCAGCAGAACGUCCAUCAUGUUCGCAUUUCCGGACCAGGCGACGGUCAAAAAGGUGAUCAAGGCGCUGCCCAGGGUCGGAGUUGGCAUCAAGUACGGCAUCCCGCAGACCAGACGGGCCUCCAUGAUGUCGCCGCGCCAGCUGAUGCGCAAUUCGAACAUGACGCAGAAAUGGCAGCGGCGGGAGAUCUCCAACUUCGAGUACCUCAUGUUCCUCAACACCAUCGCCGGGCGUACAUACAAUGACCUCAACCAAUACCCCGUGUUCCCGUGGGUGCUCACCAACUAUGAGACAAAGGAGUUGGACCUGAGUCUCCCUAGUAACUAUCGCGACCUCUCAAAGCCAAUUGGAGCUCUGAAUCCCAGCCGCAGAGCUUACUUUGAGGAGCGCUAUGCUAGCUGGGAGCACGAGUCCAUCCCACCAUUCCAUUACGGCACACAUUACUCCACUGCUGCAUUCGUACUCAAUUGGCUCAUCCGUGUGGAACCAAUGACAACAAUGUUUCUGGCACUCCAAGGUGGAAAAUUUGAUCAUCCUAACAGGCUGUUUUCAUCACUGGCACUAUCCUGGAAGAACUGUCAGAGGGACACCUCUGAUGUAAAGGAACUCAUACCAGAGUUUUUCUUCCUUCCGGAAAUGCUAGUGAAUGCAAAUCGUUAUAGACUGGGCCAGCAAGAAGAUGGCACAGCUGUAGGAGAUGUAGAACUGCCUCCCUGGGCUUCAUCUCCUGAAGAAUUUGUUCGUAUCAACAGAAUGGCCUUGGAAUCUGAAUUUGUGUCCUGCCAAUUGCACCAGUGGAUUGACCUCAUUUUUGGAUAUAAACAGAGGGGCCCUGAAGCCGUCAGAGCAACAAAUGUCUUUUACUACUUGACAUAUGAAGGAAGUGUGGACAUGGACAGUAUUAGUGAUCCAGUAAUGAAAGAGGCCAUUGAAAAUCAGAUUCGUAAUUUUGGCCAAACACCUUCGCAGCUUCUAAUGGAGCCACACCCUCCUAGGAGUUCUGCAAUGCAUCUGUCUCCAAUGAUGUUCUCCAGCAUCCCAGAAGAUGUCUGCAUGACAAUGAAAUUUCCAUCUAACUCACCUAUUUGUCACAUUUCGGCAAAUACGUAUCCCCAGUUGCCACUUCCGUCCGUUGUCACUGUGACUGCAAACCAGCAGUUUGCACUAAACAAGUGGAACACUAGCUAUGCAGCAUCUGUUCAGUCCCCGAGCUACGCUGAGACUCCACAGACACCCACAGCAAAUCUUCCACUGUCAAUGGACCCUGUACUUUCACAAUCAGGCAGCAGUUCAAAUCCAGCCAUGAGGAGACAUCUUGGUGAUAACUUCAGCCAAAAGAUACGGAUACGUUCCAACUGUUUUGUGACAACAGUAGACAGCCGUUUUCUUGUUGCUUGUGGUUUCUGGGACAACAGCUUCAGAGUGUUCUCUACUGAGACUGCAAAGAUAGUUCAAAUAAUUUUUGGUCACUAUGGUGUAGUUACGUGUCUCUCACGCUCUGAGUGCAAUAUUACAUCAGACUGCUAUAUAGCAUCAGGCUCAGCUGACUGCACAGUAUUGCUAUGGCACUGGAAUGCACGAACACAAACCAUUGUUGGGGAAGGUGAAGCACCUACGCCACGUGCCACUCUCACAGGCCACGAGCAGCCCGUCACCAGUGUCGUGAUUUCUGCCGAGCUUGGACUUGUAGUAUCAGGUUCAACAAAUGGACCUGUUCUUGUUCAUACAACAUUUGGAGAUCUUCUAAGGUCUUUGGACCCUCCUUCAGGAUUCCAGUCUCCAGAGAACAUAGCUAUGUCUCGAGAGGGUGUUAUAGUUGUCAACUACGAACGUGGACACAUAGCUGCAUUUACAAUAAAUGGAAAGAGACUUCGUCACGAAUCACAUAAUGACAACCUACAGUGUCUGCUUCUGAGCCGUGAUGGAGAGUAUCUCAUGACAGGAGGAGACAAAGGAAUUGUGGAAGUGUGGCGCACAUUCAAUUUGGCCCUCCUGUACGCAUUCCCAGCAUGUGAUAGCAGCGUUCGCUCCAUAGCUCUUUCGCAUGAUCAGAAGUUCUUAUUGGCUGGCCUUGCAACUGGAUCCAUAGUGGUGUUUCAUAUUGAUUUUAAUAGAUGGCAUCACGAAUUCCAGCAGAGAUACUGAAAGGAACCUUUGUAUUGUGCUCAUUUACUUCUGAAAAUGUGGUGUUCCACAUUUAGCUGAAAAGCCUGUGGAAAUGAAAUUCUACUUCAUUUGUUGUUAUAUGGUGCAAAAUGCAUAAAUUUGUUGAAUGGUUAAGAUAGAAAUAUUUUUGAAAUGUGUGAUGCAUGGAAUCUAUAAAAGUAUUCCCAAUGGUGUGCUUCAGACAGUUCAUCCAGUGAUCUAUUUGUAUCACAGGGAUAAUUUUGCAAGAAUUUUUAUAUAAUGAUUUUGUAGCAACAUGUCAGUUCUGUUAGAAUGUUUACACCAAUUUAUAUGUGUUCAGUAUGGAAACUGUGUGUAUUAUAAACUUUGCAUCUGAGAUGGAAAUGUGUGUGUAGGUGCAUAUUGGUUUCAUCACAAGGGAAUUUACCUUCCUGUUAUAUGACAUGUUGUCAGUCAUUUUACAUUUUCAAGGUAACAUAAACAGAGAAGAUACUAUUUUCAUUUACAGUUGAGUUCCUAAGCAUUAUAUAUUUUGAAUUUGAAUUGGAGUUGCAGUAUAAUGUUCACUAAGGCAUGGCAAAACCAUAUACAGAAAAAAAUAUUCUCUGGAACAUGUACAAAAGUAUUAUAUUCUGUUUCACAUUCCGUUGAGAGCAACAUUAACUGCAAAAAGAAAAGAAAAAAGUGAAAAAAAAGAAAAAAUGCUGAGUUAUAAGAUGUAGUGUUUGUGAAGCAAGUAGAAUGUGCAGUAGUGUAUUGACACAAAAAUUCAAUUUUUGCCAGUUUCUGAUCAUGUGUCAUUAUUUGCUAAGAAACUGGGGAAUAAUAAAGCCAUACCGAUGAAGAGAAAUGUAACAAUAAAUUUAUUUUAGGUAAUUUGAAAUUUUUAAUACAUUUCUGUGAAGCUUUGGCUUUAAAUAUGUGUUUACACAUGAAGUGAACCAUUCAUUGUGUUUAAAGGAAGGCAAUUACAUUUGCGAAUGCUGAGACAUUGCUGUUUGAUUGUGAUUAUAUUAUGCUUGAAAUUGGACUGUACAAAUAUUAGCUAAUGCAGCUUUGUCCAAUGUUUCAUAUAAAAUAUUGUGAUACAGAACAUUGACAGAAUCGAGUAUUUUAUUGUCUGUACAUUCCAAGUGCUGUGAUUAUUUUCUUUACUCUUAGCUAAGGAAGAGAAACUGUGCUACAGCGGUUACAUGUCAUAGCAACUAUGUAAAUCUGUACAUAUUUCAAAUUUUGCAAGUACUUAAAUGAUGUCACACCAUAGAAAUAAGUGAAUUCAAUUACUAAGUUAACUUGAAUGCGUUUUCAGUUUGUUAAACAGGGGAGAACAUGUUUUAAAGAUUCUGAAACACUUUUUUUUUAAAUUUAUUAGUGAUAUGAUAGAGAUAUUGUGGCACAAUAAUUUCUGGGAUGGAACUGUUGGUAAAUACUACUCUGAGUACUGUACUUAAGACCACAUCACCUUGAGUUACAACUAGCUUUAUUUUUACACCUUUUCUCUCUCCAAAGUGUGUUUUUUUUUUUUUUUUUUUUUUCCCCUCACCAUUCCUCAACUGUGUUGUCAGUUGUCAUUCUGAAAGUAUUCUGCCAUUAAAUUUGCUUUUCUAAUGUGUUCACAUCUUGGUGGUUGGAUUGAUAUUUCAAUUGUGGUUAUGGGGUUUGUGCACCAGUGGUUUUAGAAUAAAAAAUGUAGUUGUAGUGUACUAAACACUAGUAGUGUGAAUUCCAUUUUUAGGAAAACAACAGCUGCCAAAUUUUGUAUCUCUUCCCAGAUUCUUGGAAGAAAUCUUGUUGUAUUGUUCUACAUAACUAACUGCCUCUGCUUUUCAAAGUUCAGAAAGAAAAACCUCUGCAAAGAAAUUCAUUGUUCCCAUGUUGUUAUUAAUUUUAAAGUAUUUGAAACAGUACUUAAUUGUAUUUUGUACAUUGUAAUGUGUUGUGAGAAGUCAACUAAAAUAUGUACUUAAUUUAAAAAUUAGUUUCUUUAGUUUGUUGUAGAUGCAGUAGAAAAUUUUAUGAAAUUGUAAAAACUUUCACAAUGAGUAUAAUUUGGUAUUAGGUUUGGUGAGUGGACAGUGUGUUUGUUAUAUGAUUUAUAAUGAUAAAAUGUAGCAAGACUAAAUUCUUUGCCCUAGCAAGCAACUAAACAAUGAGAAAAGAGAUGGAGACAUCUUAAUUUAAAAACAACACACUUCUUUACUCUCCAGAUCUAAUAAGGCAUUUGCUCAGUAACUUGAUAUAAAUGAAUAAAAUAUGAUUCAAAUA